AUGAGCUUGUGGGAAUUUGUAGAGAAACCCAGUGCGCAAGAAAUACAGGAAAUGGCAAAGAUUCAAGAAAGAGGUCAGUAUGAGUCAAUCCACUGUCCUUCUUUUAUCUCGUGAGGUCUUUGUUGGCGUUUUAGAAGAAUUGAGAGCUUUUGGAGGGGGUAAAAAAUGGAGGUAUUGUUUAUUUUUUUUACUACUUUCUGUGAAGUUUGUGGAGUACAGCUUAAUUUUGCAGAAAGUAAAAGCCUUUUUUACAAUUACAACCUUUAUGUUUGAAUUUUGUGUCGAUAACUUGCAACAUAUUUUCGAUCGCGUCUUCUUAAUUACUGACCUGGUUCGAAGGAGUCAAAAUGCAAGCAACGUUUUGUUUGUUUUUUCAUUUCAUUCAUAAGUUUACUAAAAUCGUGCCGUGUUAGCCGAAAGUAAAAGUUUUUAUGAUGGGAAGAAGGGAAAGAUAAAUCAUUCUUUCAAGAAAUGUGCAGUUUAUGAUGCAUCAACAAGUGUACGCAGAAUUCACCCUUCAUGCUUCACUAGUAUCACUAUAAUUAUUAUGGACUGUUGCUUACUGGAACGUAGUUGACAAUUCACGUCAAGAGUAAUUUAGCUCUAGAAGCAUCAGGUUCUUAUAUUUAAGUGGUGGAGACAAUGAAUAGCAUAAACAUUGUUUACAAACAUGCAGUAUUCUGUUUGGACUCCAAAACAACUUCUCUCCAUGAUAGCAAUAACAGGAAAUGCUCCAUCAAGAACAAAUCUUCCAGACUUGUGACAACAAUUUUCUUGGAGAGUGAAAAGCACAUGUUAUGACAGCCCAUAAUACCAAUGGAAUGAAAUGUUCCAGGCAGGGUCGUCACAUUACAAAUCUAGUCUCAUGGGGGUCAAGACGAUCUACCACUUUGGGUUUGGGCCCAAACAUGCGGAGAGCAGACGCAGAAAGCAGAUGCAGAAAGUGUCCCUUGUCCAUGGCUCAAGCAUGAGAUCCUUUUAUACUUACCUUCAAGCACAACUAUAAACAAUUUCUGGACAGUGACCUGCUCUUAAAAGCCUUUUCUACAGGGGUGUAGCCAAAAAUUUUGCAUACAUGGGUUCCUAAGAUGGUAUUUGUUGUAUUAGCUGUGGCUGCAUGUCCUCAGAUGGAACUUCCUGUAUUCUGGCCCCAAAUUUCUAAUAAUGUCAGUGCCAAAUGUAGCUAAAAUUUCGGAGAGAGGAUUGCAAAUCACCCUUCCUGAUGAGAUGGCUAAAAGUGUAUCAGUCAGUAGUUGGUGUUGCUGAAUAUGUUACAUACUUUAUCAAACACUGUGGUCUUGUGAUGAUCUGAUUACUCAGCUGGCAUGAUAUAAGCAAGAAAUAGCUGCUCCUACAUCAAUUUGCCCACUGCAACUGAUGUUUAUUGGAGUAACCUGCAUGACAUGCGCUUUAAGAGGCAAGCGCAGAGGGAAAGACACGGCAAGGGGAAAAGAACAAAGCAAGUCCAGACACUCGCUCACUGGACAUAGUCUCUCUUGAGUAUGUUUUCAGUUGGCACAAUGUACAUGUACUGAACGAUCACUCGCAUUCCACUAAAAAUAUUCAGGUGAUGUGCAUGAAAUAAGCACCAACUUGUCUACGUUUCAGUGGAAAGAAUUAAUGGUCACUUUCUGUCAAGGCCUCAGCUGCAACGCUAGAAAGUCUUGAACUGAGUCAAACACCUGGGUUGAUGAGAGGUGAUCUGCAUAUUACUACAAAGCGCCUUGUACAGGGAUUCCUUUACAAGCAAAAUUAGCAAGUCGGGAAGUACCGUAUUUAUUCGAUUAACCGCCCAGGGAGCUUCUUAAAUUUUUAGACCUUGAGAGUGAGCGCUUAUUUGAGGUGGGCGCUUAUUCGAGGCUGAGCCCUUAUUAAAUUGUCACUAUUUUCAGCAAGUGAAGUAUGUUUAUUUUGCAACAAAACAAUGAAGUUAAUGCUAAUAACAAAACGCGAAGAAGGAGCAAAGCAAGAUUUCUGUAAAAUACUCUGAAGAAAACUCCGUCCUCGGGGAAGUCUCUUAUUAGAAUUUAUUCACUCAAGUGGUUGGGGUGGGGUGAGCACUUAUUUGAGUUUGAUUGGGAGGAGGAGGGGGUGGGCGCUUAUUCGAGGCUGGGCGCUUAUUAACUUUUUCUGCCUUUAGGAUGGGCACUUAUUUGAGGUGGGCGCUAAUUCGAGGUUGGGCGCUUAUUCCAAUAAAUACGGUAUGUGCAGAAUGGAAGAGCAUUGUUGGAUUGAACAAACGUUUGCUAAAAAUGUUUGGCAUAAGCGACAGCCCUCAUAAAUGUCAUACCCCUACUAUCUGUAUAAGCAAAGUUAAUUUUUCUCUUUUUAUUAUGCUAUCAAACAAAAAUUAAGGGUAAACAACUUAGCAUUUUCUAUUGAGUUAUGGAUGUGUUGUGGUUCAAUUUUAUCCUUGGUUUUAAUUAUAUUUUCCUUAUUGUUUCAGGUAUGGUAAUGUAUGAUAAUGAGUUUGAAACAAAGGAAAAUGAAAUAUAAACUGCUAUUAACCCUUUAAGCCCCAAUAUCCACAAACAAAUUCUCCAAACUGAUCUCUAUACAUUUCCUUACAGCAUUAGUAGUGAGAAACUGAUAAAAGAUCAGAGAUUUUUCUCGUUGGUGAUCAUUGUAUUAUUUCUCAUAACCUUAUCUCUUGACAAUCUAUGGAUAUUGUUAGGAGAAAAUUGAUGUUGGUCACUAUUGGGACUUAAAGGGUUAACGCUCAAGACCCAAGAGUCCUAGUUAGCUGUUGUGUGGUGGGACUCUUAUACUGUCACUGCUUAUGUGAUCUUACAUGUACUUCAAGGAUCAUACUUCACAUGGUAAUUUGCUUUGCUUGUAGGUUUAGGUGGAGGCUCUCACAACUUUUCUACAAUGUGUUUUGGGCCGUGUUAUCAUGUUGAUGGAGGUUUGACUUCUUUAAGUACCUCAAAAGAUGGAUCACAAGUCGUGGUUGCUGGAAGAAAUGGUGAGACAAUGUCCAGGGACCAUUAAAUUUUUGUAAACUACAGUGGAGCCAUUAGCCCACCCACUCAACUUCCCCCUACAUACCCACCAUGUGGCCAUAUUAUUAUCAUGGCUACUUUGAUUCGUCCAGUUACAGUGCAACUACUGUCAGUAAUGGGGCCAUCUUGACAAAGUUGACCAAUCGAAUUACAGGAGAACAACAGUACAUUCCAAGAAAGUUGGCUGUGGGCCAAUCAGCAGCUUGUAAAAAAAACAAUCAGUUACUGCAAGCACAAAAAUUGAAUAUUGAUCAGAUAGCAAAUGUUUUUCAAGAAAGCAAAAUGUUUCACCAGACAAUGUUUUCUAUUCGAAACUUAAGAUAUAACAUGGUCCAGGAGACAUACUUGUUUGAAACAAGCUGUCAUUUUGUCAUUUACCAGCAAUUUCGUUGCUACAAUUGCUGUGCUUUGUAAGAACAGGCAACCUUAAGUCAAAAAUGUAACUAACAUAUACGUUUUUCGCCUCAGUCAUUCACUCUAACAGACCUCUCAGGAAACAUGGACUUUCUUCAGCAGGUUCAAAAGGUCACGUCUGUUGGUUGUAAUUGGUUGAUUUCAAUUCAUAUUGUUUAUUUCAUUUCGUGGUAAUUAUGACUGAUGACUAACUCUCUUGGAAUGUAUUGUUAUUUUCCCGUAAUCUGAUUGGUCAACUUUGUCCAGGUGGCCCUGGUUAUAGUCGUCGCACUGUAACAUGUCCAUAGAUUUUCUUACAAGAAAACCCAGUAACGCUGCCAGCAAAUUAAUGUGACCAACAACAAUAUAAUAUUAUUGUGACAGCUUAAAGGGACAGGUUUACUGUUAAGCCCAUGCGCAUCAAUUAAAUUACUUCUUUCCAAUUUAUUAUUGAUUCUAUUACUUAAUUAUCCCGCUCACAUGUAUCUCAGCGAUCUCAGAGUGUAUUUCAAAGUAGAAUUGUAUUUCAUAGUAACCUGAAGUAGGAUGGAGGAGUACUAAAAUCUCAGAAAAAAUUAGUGGAUUAUGCCAACACUACCAACGUUGAAUUUAUUGUUGACCCGAAGGUUUUAUUCCAUGGUUGAUUAAUUUACCGCUAUUUGCAAAUAUUUAAGUUGAUCAAGUGCAAGUGACUGCCAGGGGAGUGUGCAGAUUGGUUCUUUGACAACAAUAUGACAUGAUCAUAUUGCUUGCAUAGAUGAUACAGCAUGUCCCGGCAGGAAAACGGCAUUUUGAUAAAUGAGCAUGCGCUUAACCAUGAACCUGUCCCUUUAACAUGUAUACCCCUUAAUAAUUCAGCUCAUUAAUACAACCUCGUAAAUCUUUUUUUUUUUUUAAGAACCAACAUUAAGUUACAAAGAAAAAUAAAUCUUAAGUCCUGACAGAGUAUUUGUGAAAUCAGGAUUUUAUUCGUUUGACAAGUACAGUUUCCUUCAAUUUAUAAUAACCAUGCCCUUUACAAAUUCAGCAAUAGUCUAUAAUAGGAGUUUACAAUAGAAAACAAGAAAAGAAAACAGCCAAAUGAAAAUUACCCCACCCCACUAAAAUGGCCACUCCACCAUGACAAAUUCUUUUUGACCUUUUAGUUGCCAUAUUAAUGGAGCUCUAACUGUACUCUUCAAAAAGUCAGUAAUAUUUAACGAAAAACUGAAAUGUUAAUCUGACUAUAAGGGUAUGGCUAAAAUUUGUCUCCAGUUUUUUUGGGCAAGAUAACAUAACAAGAAACAGGUUUGCAAUUCAAAGUCUAUAUGUUCACCUAUCAACAUACCAAGGAAUCACUGUCUAUUUUAUUUUGAGAUGUUCUACUCUGAUCUGUUGCCUGGCUAAAACAACUUAGACCUUUAAAAAAUAAUUUGGUACCGUGGGUCCAUUUACCCCUUUUACUCAAAGACCAUGAUAUGGCUUGAUUAUUUGUUUCCCUAACUCUUAAAUGGGUGGAUAAAAUCUUAUGGUGUUGCCAUUCAAAUAAAACCUCUUUUACAGAACUUUACCAAGUAGUACCAUGAGUUUACUGUUUACCUUGGCAUCAUACAUUUGUUUUUCUACUUUGUUUUUACAUUUCAGUUUUGUGUAAGUUCCUCUGACUGGCUACCAUGCCAUGUUGCCUGUGUUUAUAUUAACUUUAACUGUACUUUAAAAGGCGCACAUGUGAUUAUUAUGUGAACAUUGUUUUGGUAUUUAGUUUUCAAGGUGAUUGGGAUUGAAGAAUCUGCAUUUGUAGAGAAAGCAAAUCUGAGAGUAGGAAGAAUCAACCUGAACUUCAGUAUAACAGACGUCCAGUGGCAUCCAUUUGAAGGUAAUAAAUGUUUUAGUAGGAUCUCAUUAGCAGCUGAUCCUUAUCCUAUUUCUUCGUAGUUUACAUGAAGUUAAAUCUGUUUAACACAGUUAACAACGAGGAGCGAGGGCAUGGUCAGCGGUCAGUUAUCUGGCUCAAGCACAGUCAGCCUUGUUUGAAUCACCUUUAUGUGCUAAGUAAAACUUUUUCCUGGCAGCCACUCCCUUUGUUUAGCCUUUGGAUCAUUAUUUUAUUCCCAUCCCGCCCCCCCUUUAUUCUUCCACUGAUAAAUCAGUGUGACAGGUGCCUGGCUCCAUUGGCGUGGGGGCUCACGGCUGGAGGGUGCGGGUUUGCCAGCCAUGGGGGCGUAACUCUUUCUAGGGGCUGGCUGUGCCGAAAGUGGAAGCCCCUUGACAUCCCUGGCACCCACCUCCACUAAGCGAUGCAGUUGUUAAAUAUCCUUUUCUCCCAGCUUCCUUUCUUGCUUGUCCUAAUUCCCUUUCUUUCUAUACUCCCAGCUGCCAGCCCCCAUUCUCCUAGUUAAUCCCCUCUUCUCCCAGUAACAUACUGCUUAUCUUCUUAUUUCCUCCCUGUAUAGUCUUCUUGUUAACGCUUUCAAUCCCAAUAUUCACAUACAAAUUCUCCAGACUGAUCUCCAUAUUCCUUGGAAAAACAUUUGAGAGAAAUAUUAAUUUGUUCAAAGAUCAAAACAUUUUCCCUUUUAUUUGGUGAUCAUUUUAGUACUGUUUAAAAAACGAGCAGGGCCGAGUUGUUCAAAGCUGGGUUAAGAUAACCCAGGGUUAGUGCGAGAUUUGAAUUCAGAUUUGAAAGCCUAAAGAGCAUUUCAGUUUUAAUUCUUUUUCUGUACAAGUUGAUGAUUGGAAUCUCUAAAAAUAGCACAGAAAUUGUCUGAGAAAAUGCUUUAGAACACAAAAAAAAGUAACCCGGGUUAAAUUUAACCCCGGAUUAAGCGCUAAUCGGCCUUCGAACUACUGGGCCCAGGAGUAUAUUAUACCUUGAGCAACUUUUUAACCUGAUUAUACACACCUGCAAGUUUUUUGAACAACGUAAAGUUUAGCUGUUAUAAAGACACUCAUUAAACAUUAAUUUCUUUUGUUUUUUCUCUGUGAAUUAUUAAUGAGUUCUUAAAUUAAUUCUUGUAACUUUUUAUUUUACUUGAUUAUGUAUGGAUAUUUUAAAAUAAUCGAUGUUAGUCACUCUUGGGACAUACAGUGUAAGGGCUAAGGGUGUUACAUACAUGUAUUCGGUAACAUAUUUGUGUUAAUAAUAUAGAUCGUUUUCACUGUCACACAACCAAAAAAUAAAUUGGAAACCUUCUAGUGGAAGGAGCCAAGAAAAUCAAUUGUUAUAAAAGACUUGUUCAUAAACAAUUUUUCCAAGUCUCAGGUCUUUGUGGCCCACAGUUUCUGAGUUAUUAGGUGAAACAUUUCACAUACCUUUGUAGAGCUUUGUAUGGAGACACCAUAUUGGUGUACUGUUUUGGUGCACCAAUAUGGCAGCCGGAAAUCAACAAAAACACCUGGAGUUCACUUUUUUUAUAAAAGCUUUUUCUUUUCAUUCUAGAACUAGCGUGCGUGCGCAUAAACAUAUCUUCUAAUUCUUGAAAUGGUUAUACUGCUGAAAAUCAAGAGGAGAGACAGCAUUCCUAUUUUGGUGUCACGCACUGUGAAAACUCGGAAGUUCAAAUUGCUGUACUUUCAAAAUGAAACAUGCUACGAGAAUGGAAUCUUGUACAAAGAUUUACUCUCUGUUUAUCUUCAACCUGGUGUAAAUAAGAAUUCAUAAAACCUCGCUAUUUUGACUUCAAAUUUUGAUGACAUCAUUGCGAAAACCAUCUAUAGGAAGAAUAAUGUAAUAAUAUAGCAUUGCCAUCGGGUCUGUGAACAGGCAAACCCCUGUGCCAAAGACCCGUUACAGCUACCACUUGUCUACGGGUUUGCACUUGUCACGGUAGUAACAAGUGAGGUUGAUGAUCACAAGUGAGACCUCUCGCCUGGGGCUAUGCCAUGUUGAUGAGUCCUAAUGAGGACAAAACAGCUGUCCAUGGCUGCCACUACUGAGGUGAUAUGGUUGUGCGCAUGCAUAAGGAACCGGCCAUACCGCAGAUUCUGUACAUGUGCUCCAGUGCUUAAGAUUUUGUUUAUAACUUCAGUUGCUUUGGUAUGGCUCACAAUCAUAACUAACUAGAAAUUUCUAUGUCACAUUUAAAUGAUUUAAUUAUUUUGGCAGAUCAUCUCUUGGCUACUGCAGCUGGAAAUGGCGCUAUUGUUCUUUGGAAUUUAAACAAAAUCACAAAACAGAAGCAAGGUAAAGUUCCUGGGUGUUCCUUAAAUGUCUGGUUUUAUUUCCUUUUUAUAGGUGUGCUAAGUUUAUUGGAAACUUCCAAUGGCAAAAGGGGGCUCUUCCAGAUCUGUGGUCUAGUUUGCAACUUCCUCCUCAUUAUCAUCAUCAUCAUUGUCAUCACCAUCAUAAAUAGGGAGUUUAAGAUACGGAGAGUACUGACUACGAACUACGACUGGACGAGCGUUCUCCUUUGUUUGUAGCACUGGGUUGAGUCGUGCAAAUAUAGAACAUUAAGAUUGCACUACAGACAGUAGACUACGAGAGAAGAGGCGGAGGGCUUGUAUUAAAACAUGCAACACACAAAGAUUUUCUUGUUUUCAUCACAGUUCACAAAAAUGCAAGUCAGUUUUGUAUGUGAUCUUAUCUUUAGAACAAUGAACAAAUUCUUCCAUGCUUGAAGGAAGCAAUUACGUUGGGUGAAAUUGGUGAACAAGUUUUGGUUACACAGGUUUUAUUUUUUUCGCCCAAGAAUAUUUAUGUCAAAUAUUGAAGAAAUAGAUAGAAAUAGUAAUAGCUCAUUUAUUAGAUUUAGAAGAUGGACUUCUCCGACUACUGAUCUGAUGUAGUUUGAAGUAUUGAAAUGCCGAGUUUCGAUUGUCUCCAAGAUGUUUACAUCAUUUUUCAUUCAGUAAAUGCGAUACAAAAACUCGCAUAAACAAAGGUUACACAGGUAGAAAGACACAUCAAUCAGUUCGAACAAACAUUGAAACUUUUCAAGUGCGAAGAGAAAGUAAAUUACCUGCAUGAUUUCUCCUCUCCUCGGUCGUCUAUCUGAAUUCUGCGUGUAAACAGCUAAGCUUAUUUAAAUAUGAGCUUAGCUAAAAAUGUAGUCACAACAGUGGAUUAAAAGCGUAAAUCUGGGCAGAAAUUAGACACAACUUACAUAUUUCGCUUCCCUCUCACUUAAAGCAGGUGAAUUGAAAACUUUGUUACGAAAAGACGAGAUUCUUGAAUUACCGAGAUGGCAAAAUACGAGCAAAAUGUUCUCAGUAGUCCCGACUACGCGAAACAGCUCAACAACUCAGUAACCGCAGGACUACGCAGCAAAAAUGAAUAGUCACGUGGUUUUGAUCAUGUGCAGUAGCAUGUUUAACCGUAGUCGCCGUAUCUUAAAGUCCCUAUUGUCACCACAACCACCACCAUCAUCAUCAUCAUCAUCAUCAUCAUCAUUAUCAUCAUCACCAUCAUCAGCAUCAUCAGCAUUAUUAUCUGUUCCUGGGCAGCUUGAAUAAAAUAAAAAGUGAUAUUCCUCAGAUAGCCUUUUUCCCACCAAAGAACUCCCCCGACCUGUAGUUCUUUUUUUCUGUGCAUCUCCAAGACUACCUUGGUCUCUCUCUCAUUUUUCUUUUUUUCUUUUUUUUUUUUGCUAUUAUUUGGUCUAUGUUCAUUUCCUUUGUAUUAGUCUGGAAAAUUACCAUGUUCUACCCUUGCUAAGGAAUGUAAACCAGCAAGAGACAUUUUAUACUUUAUUUUCUAUGUGUAAUCAGUAGCAAGUGUAGUUAUUGUCUUACAGUUUGAAAUCAUUACCUAAACCAGGGCUUGAAAGAAUUUUGCAGCUGGCGUCAUUCAAGUUGUCUGGUCAAACCAAUUUUUGCUUGGACACAACCCGUUUUAGCCAGACAAUUACGAGGUGUUCAGUUUUCCAAGGAUUUGACCCAACAUAAAGCUUUCUUUUGACUAGCCAUUGUCCGUUGAGUGGCUGUUAUUUCAAGCCCCGCUAAUCCCCUGUCAAAUUAAUCUUGUGAGAGUUCUGUUAACUUGUCCAUGUGCACAGAGUUGAGGAGACAUUUCUACUCCUUAGCUGAACAUAAUUAUGAAUACUUUUAAAGUCUCAGCUGUAACAGACAUGAUGAGAAUUUUUUAUUGUCUUGCCUUUGUCAGAGUUGGUAUUCACAGAUCACAAGAGAACAGUCAACAGGAUUCAAUUUCACCCAGUUGAGAAGGAUAUACUAUUGAGUGGAUCUCAAGAUGGAACAGUAAAAUUUUUUGUAAGACAAAAUGUUUUAAAUUGAUUAUGAAAAUAAUGUGCUCAUUCUGACCCUUAUUAAUCUUCUGGGCCAAGUUGUUCUAAGGCCAAUUAGCACUAUCCCGGGGUCAAAUAUUAAUCUGAGUUUCUUUUCUUUUGUUCCAAAGUAUUUUCUCCGAUGAUUUUCUCUAUUCUAUUUAGAGCACCCUCUCCAAAAAAUUGUAGGCAAGGAGAAUUAACUGAAUUUGCCUUCUAAGCUUUCAUAUCUUAAUUCACAUUUUAGACAAUCCAGGGUUAUCUUAACUCAGCUUUGAACAACCCGGCCCUAAAAUCAUGUUAUUGGUUUAACUUAAUCAAGCUUUUAUGAGUGAUAUAAUCUGUAAAUGUUUCAUUGCUUUUAUUCACUUCAAAGGUAAGCCAUCAAUUAAUUCUUUUUCAUCACAUGAAUGCUAAGCUAUGUUUCUUGAUGUCCAACCACCUCUUGUAAGCGACACGUUAGUGACAAUCUAUCGAAAACACCAACAAGACCACUUUUUGAGGCGUCAGUUUUCAGGGCUGUCAACCUACCAGGUCUUCAAAUAUUGAGAAUCGAUAGGGAAGGGGUGAUGGAGCAAAAUACUUGUUGACUCCAAUUGUCAUGAAUUUGCGAUGUUCUACCUGACUGGUUUACUUCCCACCAAUCAUAUUACUGGGUAUAUUGCAAUGGCAUAAUAUACCAUACCGGAGUUUAUGAGGAAACGUUUGAUGUUAACAGUGAAAUACACAAUGUAGCUCAAACAAUGCAAAAUAUUUAAAAGUUUACUUCAGUGAUUAUACGGGGGAUUUCAUACUCUAAUCUGGAGACCCGGGAGAUACGGUCCAAACUCUGGAGUCUCCCCGAUUAUCCGGGAGACUUGACAACACUGAGUUUUACAUUUUUUUUUCAAUUAAAAAAUGUGUACAGUACAAGACUUGAGUUGAGACCUGAGUCGAGACUAUGAGAACCAUUAUUAGCAAGCUGACUUGUUCAAACCACAAUUUGUAAACACCAUUACAGCUAUCUAUUUAUUCUUCGCAUAUUGUUCCAGGAUUUACGAAAACAGAAUGUUGCCUCAACAUUUCAUGGAAAAUCAGAUAUCAUACGCGAUGUUCAGGUACAAUUACAAUAAAAUUCAGUUGGGUCAGAAUUACGGGAUUGAAGAACCCUAUUGGGGACUCUCACAAUGCAAAGGCUAGACAAAGCGAGUGACCGCCAUGAAAGCGUUGUACAUAGUACGUGGAGCUGAUGCAAGCAAGGCUGACUGCGCUUGCACCACCACAUUGACUGCUGACCGACGAUACGAGUCCGUGCUCUUUGUUGUUAACUGCGUUAAAGUUCAUUAACUUCAUUUUAAGAGUGAAAGGCUGACUUUCUGUCUUUCAACGGGACUGUCUAGCGGGUUGGGCCUUCACACAGGUUACCAAUUCACUGCUGAGUUUUUACAAUAACUGAGCAAUUUCUUGUGUGGUGAUUGGUCGAGAGUUAUGGUAUGAGAGUUCAUGUGUAGACCAUGGAAUGGAUGUGAUGAUUGCGCAAGUUGUUUGUAUUUAUCUCUCCAGUGUGAUUUUCCCUAGAAACUGGAAGCCAAAAACUGUCAAUGGUAUUGAAAAAAAAAAAUGGACAGCAAAUUUCCAUAUGUUCGUGGGGCUAGCUUCGACUUUUAUGACUUUGAAAAUUUCCAAAGUUUUAUCAAAUGAGGCGAGGAGGUAGCUAGCAGCCUAGAUUAAAACAUUUGGUAAAUUAAAGUACAGACCACAUGGCUUUAUUUCAUUGUCACUUAACUUUUAACUUUCAGUUUAAUCCGUUUGAUGGACAAACAUUUGCCACAGCAUGUGAAAACGGAAAUAUUCAGGUAACGAUUUGUAUGUAAAGGGGCUAAUACAUUGUAAGGGUUAGUAAAGGGUUGAACACACCUAGAGUCAGUCGUUGUCUAUUUUCAACUUUUGACUCUCUUGCCAAAAUCCCUAAAUGUAAAUAUUCGAAGGAAAUCUAUGUGACUUCACACUGCACACAGUUUGUUUGAAAAGUGAACCUCUUCUUGAAAUUUUUUUGGAGGGGAUACACGUGUGAAUUGUAAGGCUAUUGUAUCUUCCUUUAAAAUAAGUUAAGUAAUUUAUCAUUUAAAUUAAUUAAGUCAAUUUUACCACCGUAAAGAGAUUGAAGUGCUAGCAUAGGCUGAGAAAACAGCCGAUAUUUUGCGACGCCGCCACUGGCUUCCCCGCAAAAUGACGUCUGAGAAACGCGUGCAGAAAUUCCAUAAUGAUGACGUGUCACUACCCAGAUCUGGGUAUUGUUUGUGUUUCUGAUUGGUUGACGCAAAUUUCAGCCAAUCAGAAGCGCUACCCAGAUCUGGGUAGUGACGCGUCAUCAGUAUGGAAUUUCUUCGCUCGUUUCUCAGACAUCGUUUCGCGGGAAGUCAGUGGUGGCGUCGUAAAAUGUCGGCUGUUUUCUCAUGGUAGCGUUAGCCCUUGCCAGAGCAAAUCAAGGAACUGUGUGUUGUGUAUGGUUUAUACAUCAAAUGGUGGAGCAAUGCUAUUCGUGGGAACAAGGUAACAUGAAAAAAAAGAAUUAUUAAGGGGUUUGAAAAGCGCCAAUAUGAAGAGAACAGUUUUUUUCGAGAUUUUCUUCGCGUUUUUUUGUGUUGCCUUGGUUUAGGAAGAGAUGUUAGCCUACGAAGCAGGCGCUUGCAAGUAAUAUACAAGAAAGAACACGCCAGGGGAGAGGGAGCGCAUUCCCGAGAGGCCCACGAAAAUCUUUCCCCUUGCGUGUCCUCCUCGCGCGCCCCGUUCUUUCGUGCGCCCAUUACUUUAAGCGCCUGCUAUGUAGGCUAAAGAGAUGUGGAUUGCAAAAAUUUGCAAGAAUAAUUCGAAGGGAUGAAAUGGCGCAUGACUGAUUCAGCCUUGUUCCUAUGGUCUUCUGGUUUUCAAAUUGGGAGCUAUAGCAAGGAAGACGGCGAUGGCAACAAGAACCUCAGAAAGCAAUAGGUUUAGAUUGGCAAAACAACAAGUUUUCAUGUGUAUCACUCUCUUUUUUGUACAUUUCUUUGCCAUCACUGCUCGACCUGGAUGUGAAAAUGCCUAAUUUCAUGUUCUAUGGAGGACGUAAACAAGCGACGACAAAUUUUUCUUUCUCACCUAAACUUGAGUGAGGUCCCCAGGAACUCAAUUCCAGGGAAAUUCGCCGAAUUCGAAUAAACACGACAAAGUUUAAAAAACGCGAUUUCAUUUUAAGAGUAACGUUUUUGCUGCCGUCACCGUCGUUGAUGCGAAAGCUCGCUAAUAAUUAUAACGGCGGCAGGAGUGAAGACCCCGUCACACAGCCGAACCAAGUGACUAAUUUUUCUUCUGACGUCAUGUUGAAAAGUGAGAAGCCCCUGGGGACGAGGUUGCGACUGACUUGUGAUGCAUUUUUCCAUCCUUUUUAUUGUAGUUAUGGGAUAACCGUCAGACCAGCUCUCCUUUCAUCCAACAAGUUGGACACAAUGGACCUGCAUUUGCUAUUGAUUGGCAUCCAGAAGAGAAGAAUUGGGUAGCUUCUGCAGGAAGAGACAAACUUAUUAAGGUAGCAUGGCAAUGUUUUUGUUUGUUUGUUGUUGUUGUUGUUGUUGUUGUUGUUUUUAAUGCUUUAGGGAAUGNGAGAGGGAGCGCAUUCCCGAGAGGCCCACGAAAAUCUUUCCCCUUGCGUGUCCUCCUCGCGCGCCCCGUUCUUUCGUGCGCCCAUUACUUUAAGCGCCUGCUAUGUAGGCUAAAGAGAUGUGGAUUGCAAAAAUUUGCAAGAAUAAUUCGAAGGGAUGAAAUGGCGCAUGACUGAUUCAGCCUUGUUCCUAUGGUCUUCUGGUUUUCAAAUUGGGAGCUAUAGCAAGGAAGACGGCGAUGGCAACAAGAACCUCAGAAAGCAAUAGGUUUAGAUUGGCAAAACAACAAGUUUUCAUGUGUAUCACUCUCUUUUUUGUACAUUUCUUUGCCAUCACUGCUCGACCUGGAUGUGAAAAUGCCUAAUUUCAUGUUCUAUGGAGGACGUAAACAAGCGACGACAAAUUUUUCUUUCUCACCUAAACUUGAGUGAGGUCCCCAGGAACUCAAUUCCAGGGAAAUUCGCCGAAUUCGAAUAAACACGACAAAGUUUAAAAAACGCGAUUUCAUUUUAAGAGUAACGUUUUUGCUGCCGUCACCGUCGUUGAUGCGAAAGCUCGCUAAUAAUUAUAACGGCGGCAGGAGUGAAGACCCCGUCACACAGCCGAACCAAGUGACUAAUUUUUCUUCUGACGUCAUGUUGAAAAGUGAGAAGCCCCUGGGGACGAGGUUGCGACUGACUUGUGAUGCAUUUUUUCCAUCCUUUUUAUUGUAGUUAUGGGAUAACCGUCAGACCAGCUCUCCUUUCAUCCAACAAGUUGGACACAAUGGGCCUGCAUUUGCUAUUGAUUGGCACCCAGAAGAGAAGAAUUGGGUAGCUUCUGCAGGAAGAGACAAACUUAUUAAGGUAGCAUGGCAAUGUUUUUGUUUGUUUGUUGUUGUUGUUGUUGUUGUUGUUGUUUUUAAUGCUUUAGGGAAUGAAAAUUUCACUAGAGGUAAAUUUGGUUGGUUACCGAUUCUUUGCAGUUCAUGCCUGUGAAGAAAUUUUUUGCAAAUUUGGGAUUUCAGACUUCCUUCAAAUCCCAGGGGGGGCACUCAAAAAGUUCUACACAGAUAGACACCGCCCGAGCUCCAACCCCAUACCCUUUUAAACGCCGUAAAUACCCUCUCCGCCUGAAUCAAUGUUGUCUAAAGUAAGAGAAAGACUUGAGGGUCCAUAAAACAACAUUGAUUUUGGGGGGAGAGGGUUGGGGUAGACAAGGGAAGGGGAUAGGUAAGUCAACUAUGUAAAAAGGGGCCACUUUAUGGAAGUGUCUGAACACUUUUGUCCCUCAUUGUAGUUUAGAUUACUGCAUACUUUUUAACUGCUGUAAAUGCAUUAAGACUGUGCUCUUUUCCACAGCCACGAAAUUGGUCUUUUAGGUCCUUUCGCAGAUUUUCCUACCCUUUCAUUUACUUCAAACUAGUGAAAUCCAUAUACCUAAAGCCUAAAAAAGUUACCCCUUUCGGGCGGAGUCUCCCCGUAUAGGCCAUUAUAGGGAGUACCCCCGGGUAUUUCGGCGGCUGAACUAUCCCUGAGGAAAGUGAGGAACUAGGAGUAGUCUAAGUCCAAGGCUUGCACAGUAAACUCUUGUUCCGACACAAUCUAUCCAAUCCCAAGCACCAACCUUGCCUACGGCCGUUGUUGCCUUUACUGAAUCAAUAAUCAUUAUUGAUAACCUAAUUUUUUCGUUAUACUGCAGGUUUGGGAUAUUUACGCUAAGCCUAGUCUUCUCAAUACUAUUCAAACGAUAUCUGCAGUGGCUCGUAUCAAGUGGAGGCCACAAAGAAAAUUCCAGAUUGCAAGGUAGGGCUAUGACUUCAUUUCCUACUGUUUACUGGCACCAUCACCGGUUGGACAGAAUAUCAAGACGUUGUCCCUUUGAUAACACUCGCCCCUACAGAUCAACCACUCUAGACCAUAGACAGCACAGUAGUGGUACAAGGGGGAUGUUUUACUCCGUUUUUUGGCGACGGAAUCUCGUUAUCUAGCGGGGGAAUUCAUUAACACUAAUGACAUCAUUGCCUUUUGCCUUUAUCUUCCUGGAUAAAAUGCGGUGGAAUCUCAUUAUCUACCCUUUUUGCGUAUUUCUAAUACAAUAGAAACAAUAGACUCACCUAACCUUGACCGGUUUAACCUGUUUGUCGUGUUCUAGUUUUAUCGGCGUUAAUUUAUUCCCCCGCAAAAUAACGAGAUUCCCCCGCUUAAAAGGGAGUAAAACAUCUCUACCAUACUACUAACUGACUGCCCCACACAGUGUGUUAGUGAGUUACGCCACAGUUAAUUAAAGUGGAAUGGUUGGAAAACCCUUUGUUAUAGGUUUUUGUUAGCUUUUUUGGACCUGACCGUGCACGACGUUCAAUAGCAUUCCUAUCAUUUUGAACUUACUGACCAAUAGAAACAUUGCUUUAAUUUAUUCAGUCACCAUUUGGGAAUAUAAAACAAAGGAUUGACGUUGUUGGCCUAGGGGAGGGUUAAGUGGGCAGUUUACCAGAAAAGUAUGAUGAUCCUCAUGCAUGGGAUCCUUUCAGCCCCAAUAUCCACAUCAAACUUCACCAGACUGUUCUCCAUUUAUUUUCGUAAAGAGAAGGUUGAGAGAAUUUAAUAAAAGAACAAAGCAUUUUUUCCAUGGCGGUCAUUCUGUUAAUUCUCCUAACUAUUUCUAUUGAUGGUGUAUUGAUGUUGUUUGGGAGAAAAUUAAUGUUGGUCACUCCUGUUUCCUUUCAGUUGCUCUCUUCUUGUUGAUUUUGAUAUCCAUGUCUGGGACAUCAGAAGACCUUACAUACCUUAUGCGUCUUUUAGCGAACAUAAAGAUGUCGUUACAGGUAAUGCACAAAAAAGAUGCCUCUUUGCCUCUUUGCGUUAAAUAAUUUCCUUCCAUCUUUGAAUCUGUUAGACUUGAACAGAUGUAUCUUUCUUUAUUGUAAAACCAUUAUAACACGUGUAUCACACAUAGACUAAACUAAAUAUCACGUGACAAUGACGUCACAGUUGUUGUAGCUCUAAAUCGAAUCGCAGCACUUAUCAGCAUUUUAUUUAGAAAUGCCUGACGCUGCCUGUACUCUGGGUGCUUGUCUUUCUGUUGUGCGAAGUUUCACAAAAAAUCUAUUGGAGGACUUUGGAAUAUUUACACAAAUUUGCGCUUACGUUAGACAACUUAAAAAGUGUUCAAUGGACACGAAAUUCUGGGAUUUUAUAGUACACUGAUCAAUUGCAGCACUUAGAUUUUUGAAAGAAAAUCGAUUGAAGAAUUUUGGUUUAAUCGCUGUCUUCGUGAAAGUAGCCUUUGAAAUUACAAAAAGAGCUCAGCUUUGCGUCAAUAUGCCGAUGAGGGCUGCAAGUCGAUCCAGAGCUAAAACUAUUGUGACGUCAUUUUCACGUGAUCUUUAUUCCGAUCGCCCAAAAAAUAAUAUCAUAAUAAAGUUUAGUGUAUGUGUAAUACAUGUGCUACAAUGCUUUCACAGUAGAAUACAAAGGAUUCAAAGAUGGAAGGUGUACCUACAAAACUACUGGGUCGAGCCACCUUAAAUGAAUGUUUAACUGUGACAAUAGACCGAUCGAAACGCACCAAUGACAUUACGAGUCUUCAUAGCCAAUAACAUCACGGCUUAACUGGCAGACGACCAAUAACAUUGCGACUUAAUUGACCAAUCAUAUCAAUAACCAGAGUUUAAUACCAUCAACUGACGAGAUACAACUCACUUUGACUCUGAAGAUGACUACCGCACCGGUUGUCGAAACGUCAGUCACUGUCAACAACAGUCCUAUUCAUGACUAUGUUCACCCGGACGAUUACUCAACCUACUUAUGAAAUGACUCCUGGGUUCACACCUUUCACAGUUGAACGUGAAAUUAUUUGUAAAUGACAAAACUGUAUGUCUCCCACCAAGCAUUACGCCAAACGUUACAAAAAAAAACUAAAAUGAACUUUCAAAAACUGUCAGGCUAACAAGUUUUUUAAAACCCCUAUUGCAAUUCGUUUCAAUCUUCAAAUUUGUUCAACCGUGCCUCCUUUUAUAUUUGCUGUGUUUAUUAUACAUUCUUUCCAUGUUUUGAGCAGUUAAUUUCAUGUUCCGCUCAGUUUGUUUGCAGUUCUCACUGUUAGCCUGUUCCAGGCUCCGAGAUAGUCGGGCCCGCAGAAUUGAGAAAGCGCGAAGACGAGAAAAAAAAACGGGAGGAAACUGGGGAGAGGGGGGCGGCUUCCUUUUCACUUUUUCCCGCCCCGCCCCCAUUUUCGCGCACCCUACACUUUGGCGUCUUCCCCACUCUUUCUCGCCUUCUCCACUAUCUGAGAGCCUGGAACAGGCUAUUCUCACUGUUUGAAUUUUGAUACAUUUCGUGACCCUGCUCCUUUAAAUAGUAGCACAGAGUAACUCAGAAAUGUUUGGUUUUUUACUAACCACACAAGCACAAGUACAAGAAUCUUGUGUCAUAUAAAAACGAACGCUGACGCAAACUAGAGAAAAUACGGAAGGAAAAUUUUUGUUUCUUGUGCGUAUGCUUGGGAGUAAGACAUUUUAUCGUAAAGUAAGAAAGACUCUAAUGCCCACGCUGGUACUUGUUUUACCUGUGAAAAUCAGGCUUGUCGUCAUGUAUAAUGCUGGCGUGCGCCGGGGAAGUUAAGAUUUUGUAAGACGACAAGCCUAGUUUUCGUUUCUAUGGUCGAUAACAGUAUUGCUAACUUUAUACAGAGCUUCGUAUCUGAUAGAACAAUUUCUCAUUUUCAUCUCUUUCAAUACAAAAUUGUUAUCGAUUUGUUUUUUACAAUAAAAUCGACAGUGUUGAAGCUCCAUCUCCGUUGAAGUUCCUCGGAAAAUCGCGGCGUCAAAGAGAAAAUCAAUGCACCUAUUCCAAACAAGGUUUGUGAUUGGCUGGGAAAACAAUAGGGAUGGUGACAAAACAAUACCCCUUUCCCUGAAAACGAUAGGUAGUGCAGGUUAUAGGAGAAUCUUGGCUGACGUCAUUGUUUACAUUUUUCCUCAUUAGCAUACGACUUAACUCAUAGAAGCCGUGGCCGUAUAUAUCAACUAAAUGCAAAAAUUGAACGAGCUGAUUAAGUUGAGCAAUUUGUGCAAUUUUCAGCUCUUUGUAAGCAAUAUUGAAGGAAAUAUCAGCCAUCAAAAACUGCGAAAUUGCUGUGUGGCAAAAAAGUUAAUGAUCCGUACAUUGUCUGUAAAAUUUAGAUUUUUAGGAGCGAGUUUCUCCGAAACCAUUCGGUGUAUUGGGCUCAAAUUUUCAGAGACAACUGAAACUAUUAUGCCCUUUGAAUAUUCAGAGUUUUUACUUUAUUAGCGUCACCAGACAGUGAUAAGCAUGUGUUAAUGAACCAAAAAGUGUAAACAAAGAUUCGCCUAUAGCGACCAAUGAAACACUAAGAGGUUUGGGUGAGUGCAGGUCAAUCACCAAUCAGCGCGCGCAAUAAAUUUAUUGUAAAAUUCUUAUUUUAGAAAAUAUUUGCCUGCAUUUACUUAACAAAAGUAACUGAAAUGUCUUUUGUUAGGUAUUCUUUGGCGACAGUACCUCCGUAGUAAAGACCCAUUUGUGUUCUUGUCAUGCGCAAAAGACUCCAUGCUUUAUCAACAUGUAUUCAGUGACGCCCAGCAUCCAGCAGACCACGCCCCAAGGGUUGGACUGUCAAUGAACGUCAAUGGAGACAUCAGUGUUGCGUGUUGUGACUCGUUACCAAAACGAUUUCCGGCACAAAGCAUAAUACACACAAGACCGUGAGUACCCUAGAUACAGAAAUACACCGUUAAUAGAUACACGGUCUUUUGGGAGCAAGAGAUGGCGCAGUGGUGAGAGCGAUCGCCACCCACCAGUUUGUUUUUUUUUGCUCGAAAAGUUACAAAAACGGGCCUAGGGCCCGGAAGGGGCCAGAAGAAGAUACGCAGAAGGGCCCCCCAAAAAACCAAAAUGGUCCCAGACCUUUUACCAAAAUAUUGAAUACAGGGAGGUGAAACAAUGGACUUUGACCUAAACGGGCCAUUUUAAGGUCAACCAUGAGAGUCAGUCGGUGUCGAAUUGCACUGUGGGAUUGUUUCAGUUACGCUAUCGCUGCUCUUAUUGGUUGUUACAAAGUUGCAAAGGAAACUGGGUCAAAAUUCGUUUCCCAGAAAAAGUCCCGUGGUGCAACCCGACACAACUCCGACCCAGUCCCAAACCCAACUAAAAAAUGACCAAUACUUUGUCCCUAGUCCAUAGUCCGGCAUCCACCGCGGUCAAAAGGCGUCUUCUUGUUCUGUUUGGCUGGGAUUUCAUUCAGCAGUAAUUGCAUUGGAGACGGAGCAAAAAUGUAUAAAAUACUUAGUUAACCUAACUAUCUUCUCAUUUUCUUCAAAAUAUUGAGCAUCUUUUCGUUAAAAACGCUUCACGCCCGAGUAAAAUUAUGCUGGUAAAUAGCGCCCACAGUAACACAAUUUUCAGUUUCAGUUACUAGAAUUUUUGUACUAAACUUUCAAAACGUUUUUUGACGUAACAGCGUAUGGGUAUUAUCUUAGUCUUUCAAAAGUGAAAGUAACAACCUUAGCGUUCAAGUACUUUGCUUAGCUCUUGCAAAUUUUUCUCGUUUCAGCAUGGUGGAAGCCCGGCUUGCCUUAAAUAACCAACUAUUGUAGUUUGCCUUCUGGCAGUCACGUUACCGUAUUUCCUUGAGUAAUAGCCAGGAGCGAUUAUUUUUUUUUCGCACACAAAGGGGGCGAUUAUUCGAGGGACGGCGGUUAUUUUAAAUAUUUCCGUUUGGGUGGGAGGGCGAUUAUUCGAGGGAAGCCAUUAAUAGAGGGACCGCUAUUAUUUGAGUAAAUACAGUAUGUUUGAUGAUGUUUGUGAUUUUUUCAGUGGAGUGCCCGUAAAUUAGCUUCCAAUAUAAGCAAAUCAUUUCUAUAAGAUUUGCAGUCUGACGAAUUUUGGUUUCUUUUUCCAGGCGUGGUGGUAAUACUACUGUUUUCUUACACAACAGUAGUCUGACAUCACAGCGCAAUAUUCAAGACAUUGCCGAUAACAUAACUGAAGUGAAAAGCAGGGUUGUUGUUCAUCAAAAUAAGGAGAUUACAGUGAGUAAUUACUUAGGACCCAAAGUUAAAUCGUUUAUACCUAGAGUUAUUGGUAGUAGACGGACAUGUUUGCAAUGUAGCUAUAAAGAAGGCGACCAUGAUUUCUCAGAUAAGGUAUUGGAGAACUUAAAGGGGCUAUGUUUGGCUAUUUGCGUCAACUGAAUUUCAAAAAAUUGUCCGGUAUUGCUCGAACUCUUUGCGGAAGAUCAUCCUAACACUACACUUCGGUAGUGUUAUUAAGGAAUUUAAGGUGGCGCGAACCUAUUUAUAUGCGCGUUGGUUAUGUUUUUGAAUCGCGUUUUUCGGCAGGAAUGAUUUAACCGAUUUCCAUGAUUUUUGGCAUCCUUAAUAAAGAAUGGAGCUCUGAGGCUUAUUUGCCGAAGUAAGAGAAAAACCUGUCUUGGGGUUUUGAAAUGAUUUACCUUUUUUGUAAAAAUGCGGUUUUAAACAUAUGCCGAAAUCUCAAACGUUUUUAUACCUAUAAGAAAGUAAAUAGCAUUUUCCUAAAGGUCGACCAGUCUUUAUUAAGGAUGCCAAAAAUCAUGGAAAUCGGUUAAAUCGUUCCUGCCGAAAAACGCGAUUCAAAAACAUAACCAACGCGCAUAUAAAUAGGUUCGGACCACCUUAAGAAAAGGCGUUUUUGAGCGACGCACCCCAACCAGAAGCGGACGUUUUACAUUCCUUAGUAGCGGCCGGUUUUGCCAAAUUUUUCAACUAAAUCGUCUCUACUGGUGUAAAGAAGCUAGGCAAUACCAAUUUUAUAGCGUCAAGGCAUAUUAAAAGGGAAAAUUCUUCACUUCCGGUUGACGUGCCUCUCUUAAAAACACCUUCUCGUGUUUCGAAACAGUCAGAAUCAUAUUUUUUACACAUUUGCCCCUUUAGAAACGAGAAAGAAACUGGACCGAGUUGACUUUUGCAAGGCUUGCUGGGAUCGUUGCUUGGAACGCGCUGGUCAGCUAUUGGACAAUUUUUUCCGUUGUCCCUGGUAACAGCCCCAGAAGUCUUUACGAAAGUAAACUCGGUCCAGUUUCCUUCUGGUUUCUAAAGUGGCGAAUUGUUAAGUACCCUUUUUUUUCUGGGAUCGUUACUGGAGAAGAGUCGGUUAGCUAUUGGUCAAUUUUUUUUCGUUGUCCCUAGUAACAGCCCCAGAAGUCUUUGCGAAAGUAAACUUGGCCCAGUCUCCUUGUUUCCAAAGUGGCGAAUCGCUGAUUAUAGUCAGACAAAGAUAUUUUAAUACACGGGUUUGUCGUCCUUUUCCUUUUGCAGAAGAAGGAUUGGUUUGGCCUCCUUGCUCAGAGCUAUCAGCUGAGUGGACGGUCAUACUCUGAUCUGUGCGAGUACAACUGCCAUGUAAGAGACAGUUUUUUUUCUCUUUGCUUUCUUCCUAAAACCUCAACGGCCUUACAGGUCUUGAAACUUUUUUACUAGGUUUUGUUAUCAUUAUUAUUACCAUUCUUUGGCCCAGUCUUAAUACUCAGAGUGACGCCAUUAGUGCGAAACUCUUUUUUUAACUUGUAACAUAUUUUUAUAUGGUACUGUUCUUUUUAAUGACGUAUUGUUGGUUUUCACAUGAGGUCACUAAAAUUCAACCAAAAAAACUAUCGAUCCUACCGAGAUUUUACUUUCACGAUGUAUUAGAGCAGCUGAAAACUAAUUUUCUUACAAGUUUCCGCUUCAAAAAGGUUCUUGGUUUUGUGAUACAGUAUGUUUGAAUUUCUAAGCGUUUGCGUGACGGGGCAUUUACAUGAUGGCCAAGAGAGCUGUCGUGUAGGUUAAAAAAAUGACUUAUUUCAGGAAAUUUUGCUAUCUAAACAGUUCAUGUAUUAGAAAAAGAAUUACUUUAAUGUUUAUGAGUUUCUCGAAGCAUAAAUUCACGCUUUUGUAGCAAAACUUGGUAACAAAUGUUUCUUUUGGUUUCCGUCCGCCAUGUUGGAGCUCAUCCAGGUGAACACCAGCAUGGCGUUUCCAUACAAAUCUCUAUUUCUUCGGAUAUCUCGUAUACGAAAUAUUCUUCUGCCCUGAAUCUUGAAGAGGGUCUUUGUAUAUGUACCUCCUUUCAUUUCCCAGAUUCUGGACUUAAUCUAUUGAACGGUUUUGAUUUUUAUUUUGAUCCAUUUUGAAUGGCGUGACACUGAAAACCAGCAAUUGUUUUUUUCUGGUAUUUAUAGAAUAUUCUUAUUCUAUUUUUGAACGUUUUUCACCAUUUCUUAAAUUGUUUUUUAGCAACCUUUUUUCGCAAUUUUUUAGAGCCAAAAUUUCCGACUAUCAUUAUUAUUAUUAUUGUCAUCAUCAUCAUUAUUAUUAUUAUUAUUAUUAUCAGUUUGAAUUAUUUGUAGAUAGUUUUAUUUUUUUAUUAACUUUUUGAUGCUUUUUAUAAUUGUUAUUAGUAGUUUUUAGAUAGUCAUUUUACGACAAUUCUCUUUUGUACACAAAAAGAAUGUACAUAGGGUAUAUAUUUUGAUAUUCAUAUUCUUGAAUCUGUAAAUAGUCUAUUUUUUUGAAUCUAUGAAUAAAGUUAUUUUUUAUUAAUUAUCAUUAUUAUUAUUAUUAUUAUUAUUAUUAUUAUUAUUAUUAUUAUUAUUAUUAUUAUUAUUAUUAUCAUCAUUAGAUUAGAUUCUGGGAAACAACCAACCUACCCCUCGCAAACUUAACGUAAACACUGAUGUCUCACCUAGGACAAAACGUUGCAUUAAGGGAGAGGUAGGUGGGCAGUUUCCCAGAUUCUUAUAUUGAGCCGAAAUACCCUCUAGGUUGCUGCUAAGCUUAUGAUGCAGGAGCAUGCGCAGACGUGGUCAGUCUUGAAAACUCUCUACAGUAGCGUGGGAAGUCCUGGUUCAACAUCUGCAACGCUGGCACCCAGUACUAAAAAUCCUCUCGCGACCGGAAGUCAUGGCAGUGGUGGGGGCCUGAGUACCACCGGAAAUAUUGAACCUGCUACUAGUGAGUAA